GGUAAUUGCUCAGUUACACAUUCAGGUCACAAAAGCUAGGCAAGACAGAAUUACUUAUAUGAGUAGAAGGUUGAUCAGAAUUCCUUGUCAGUAUGCGUUUUGUUAUUAGAAUGUAUAAAGAGUUUGCUGUGUUGCUACUAGUUUCAACCAUAUAUACUGCAACUCUAUGGUACCUAGCCAAAUUGUCUUUUGAAACCCAAUGUGAGCAGCUGGAUCACAAUCAAUGGAGCCAACCAACAGAUGCCACAGCUGUAUCCAAUGACUUGCCUGAAACAGCUAAUAUUCUAAAUAAUGUACUACUUGUGAUGGUCAUUUCAACACCCGAGAACAGAGCUAGGAGAGAUGUGAUUAGGAAGACUUGGGUGGGUAGCUAUGUCGAACACAAAAAGAAGUUUGCAGUUAAGUUUGUUAUAGGAACCUUUGAUCUGAAUGCUAGCAAAACAGAGUCGCUGAUUUCCGAGAAUAAGACGUUUGGCGAUUUAUUACUUUUGACCGAUCACCUGGAUUCAUACAAUAACCUCACCAGGAAAGUUUUACAUACCUUUGUGUGGGUAGACAAAAACACAGACUACUCCUUUGUACUGAAAAUUGACGAAGACUCGUUCCCUAAGUUGGAUCAGAUUGAAUUGGAAUUGAAAGAAAGAACUAGCGGAAAACCACUCUACUGGGGUUUGGUUGCAUCACAAAGUACUCCAACAAAAGAAGGAAAGUGGGCGGAACCAAAUUGGAAGUUGUGUGACAAAUACCUGCCGUAUGCAUUGGGAAGGGGUUAUGUAUUAUCUAAAGACCUUAUACACAGAAUUGCUAUCAAUGCUGACGGUCUUACACUCUACAACAAUGAAGAUGUCUCAGUUGGAGUUUGGAUCAGUCCAUUCGACUUGGAAAGAAAACAUGACAAACGAUUUCGUUCAGAGACGGAAAAAAACUGGCAUUACGAUCAGUGCAAGGACUAUCUUCUUGUUCAUCAUCUGUCUAUUGAAGAUGCUGGGAAAACUCACGAAAUAAUGAAGAGUAAAGGAGUUUUGUGUUAAGGUUCUAUAUAUUCCACCGUGAUGAGUUUUCUCAUAAUUAUGAGUGCAAUCACCACCAUCAGUAAUAACUAGUGUUCAAGCUGGCGCUGUGCUAAUGCCUCUCGCCAGCAUUAGAGUGUUAUAAUAGAAAGGUUAAUAAUUUGCAAUAAUUAUGAUUUCAAAUUGACAAAAAAUAGGUGUUAGCAAUUGAAUGAACAUUAAACACAGUAACAAUAAUACAAAUUGAAAAUAAUGUAGAAAAGGUUGGUUUGUGGCUUACCUGGACCUCAACAAAGAAGAAAAUUGAUCAAAAUGUGGAUUCUCUUACACGUGGUAUUGAGCGCGCAUGCGCAUUAGAUCUACAUCCAGGAAUAGGGGUGUGUCUGCAAGUUCAAUCAAUAAUGGCUACUAGCUUCUUUAGCAGCUCUUUCUAACUCUUGUAGCCAACAAAAAGCUAGCGCUUAAGUGCAAGGCUAACUCAUAAGUUGAAUAGAAAGUUUGUGCGAACAGAUGAUGCUAUGAAAAAUUCUGAAGAAACUGCAACAGCCUUUAAUGUGAGUCAAACUAGCCAUAACUCGAGAAAGAAGCUUUAGUUUGCUAAUCCACGAAUCAAAAUCCAAGAGAACGUGGCUAGAAGCCUAUAGAAGCUGUUAGUUUUCGUCGCAUUGUAACCGUUGAGCAGUUAUAGCUGGAAUACACACACACACAGACAGACAGACAGACAGACACACACACACAGUCAGCUUUACCGUAUCCCUCGUGCGGCUACGCCUCGAGGCAU